CUGCAGUCUACCACUGUGUGAUUCUUUUAUUAUUUAAUUACUAACAUGUAUUAUUCUGCUGUUAUAUGGGCAGUUCUUCACUGGGUAUUUUAUUAUCAUUGCUAUUGCUGAUCAUGCUAACGCCGCACUCCGAGAUCGAUCGUCCUUGCAUUCAUAACGAUGCCCGCUUCGUUCUACAUUUCUUCCAUCCAUUGCUCUUUGCUGGCCUGGUAAGACAACAGAUAAUACUGCUGGCGACGCCAAGGAAUGUUGGGAGCUGCUGCCCCUUGUCCGGACGAUCGACGACGUAUUCGCUCGCCAUCUCUGACUAUGCUCGCUCCAGAUACCCUGUUCUCCAGCCUCAAUUAAUUGAUCAAAUUGACCGAUGGUACAAGUGCCACUGUCAUCAAGGACGUCAUUGCUGCUCUCCGCGCCGUUGCCAUUGGUUGCCAGUCGGUAAUUAGAUUAUCGAGGUGGAAAAAAUAAAAUAAAUCCAAGCCCCUUUUUGUCCCACGCAGAUAUCCACAUCGGAAUCUGGGUCGAGGUCUCGACCACCGUUCCGAAGUAGCAUUCGACGAUAGGGCCGGCGGCUAAUAUGAUUAUUAUUGUUCCGGACACUUGUCAUCUCAACUACCCCAUCGAGGCCUUCACCAUGGUGUUGCUAAAUUAAUAUGUGAUUGUACAGAACAAUGGAGGCUGUACACGACAUGCAUGCCGUGACCCACAUCAUUAUUGGCAACCCUAGGCCACAUGAUCAUGUCUAUCAUUACUUGUUAUUUGCAUAUGCAUUGGAUUCUUUUGUGUUGUGUCUCACA